AAGAUAGAAGAGAGCACUGAGCACUGAGCACUGAGCACCGAGCACCGAGCAGAUGUCCAGCUGACUAAUCAUUAGACCCGCUUUUGACAUUUUAGCCAAUCAGGUAGACGCUCUCACUUCCCCAAACUUCUUUAUCGAUAACAAUUUUUUAUAUGCCAUUUUCCAGUAUCAAAUUUGCUGAUAGUAAAACUUAUACCACUUUCCCAAACAAACCUGUCCACUUGACACCAAUCUCAGAAACUGCCAGGGUUAGAAUAAAGAUAUAUUCCAAGAUACAAAAAAUAUGCCCGCCUCAGUCCACGAAGAUCAAGAUCAGUCCAUGGUCGACGUCGACCAAGCUCAUGAAAACGGCGAGACUGUUAUUGAGCACGGCGAGAAUCGGAUCACUAUCUUAUCCGGCGCAACUGAAACAGCGGCUUCUUUCCAAUUUAAAGAGGAAGGUCACACCCUCGGAAAUGCGCUUCGAUAUGUGAUUAUGAAGAACCCCGCGGUCGAAUUCUGCGGUUACACGAUUCCGCAUCCUUCAGAGGCCAAGAUGAAUCUACGGAUUCAGACAUAUGAAAAUACGACCGCCAUUGAGGCCCUUGAGAAAGGAUUGGAUGAUCUCAUGGAUCUGUGUGAUGUGGUCACGGACAAGUUUACUGUUGCCAGGGAUUCGUUUAAUGCUGAGCGGGCUGAUCAGAUGACUGCUUAAUCGUCCUUUUCGAUUUAAAAAAAAGGUUUGAUUUUAGAAGAGCGAAGGAUGAGCGUCUGGUCGUUUGUUAUGAGGGUUUGAUAUUAUUGUAUGUAGCAU